CAUAUAAGGAAGGUAAUCCCAGUAGGGCUGAAUAUGCAGGUAUUAUUUCCCCAACCUUCGUCUCGGCUUGCUUUCCCAAAUCAGGAUGUCAUCGCCCUGACUUCCUGUGUGGCUGCCAACGUGUACCCUAUCCCCCCGCGCUUACCCCCCUCCCCCCCACACCUUUUUUACUGCAACGGUGUCUAUUUGAGGCAAUCUAUCGACAACUCUGAGAGGCGAGGGUGUCGUUACCUUAAUGCGGAUGCAUGUUUUGUAUAUGCACAGUCAAAGGGACCCUCUCUCUCGCUCUCUCUCCCUCUCUAACUCGCUUUUUUCUUCACACACACUUGUACACUCACCUGGGUACCGCUCCCAUCAAUUGGUUUCCACGGCGGCGGUGCCUCCCUGUGAUGUUGCCUCGAGAAAAAAAAUACGCUACGCCAUUUUCGCUUUUUUGUUUGAAACACUUGCCGCCUAAUUGAUAUGAUGAUGUAAGAAAUAAUGUGGUGAGAUUCAUGAUUCACGGUUUAAAGGAUCUUUUGCGACUUCUUUUUGCCCUGACUGCUGUGCAUUGCUUUUAGUCUUGCUCUGUGCGGAAUAAAUCGAACAUCCAAACUGGCAUCUACAGUGAAUUUAGUGCCUACGCAGGUCAUUGCAAAUCACUCACAUUUGAUGGUUUUCAUUUAUGGUCGUGUGAACGCAUAUUCUUGGCUUCUGUAUGCUUACACCGAGGCUCAGGUAUCAAUUGUUCCAGAGAAGACUCAGCCAAAGUAAAAUUCACUGACGUUGCGAUGUACUCAAAUUCUUGCAUUCUAUAUUUCUCCAUUAAAAAGACCUCAUGUGGUCCGUGUUAGUCCAAGCUGAUACAUAUUUCAUUGUUCCACAUGUCUGUCUUUGACAUGACGGCACGGCGGCCUACAGACCACAACGUAAACACCUAACCUUUCUCGCUUCAUGUUUUCCAGCUCAGCCCCAGCGGAGUCCCUCGGAGCCGGGCCAGAGAGACGCCUCCCGCAGCCACAACGGCCUCCGCUACAACACGGUCAGCACCUCCACGCAAAGCCCCAGCGACCAGGACGCCCAGCCCGGCGCCGACGACGACGCCAACGCCCCCGCCGAACACACCAUGGUCCCUCCCAUGUGCACUUGCGGCGCCAACCUCGCUCCGAACGGCGAGAACGGCGAGAACGGCGGCCAAACUCCCGGCGUGAGGCCAACGUCGGAUCAGCCGCGCAGACAGCCGUCCAUGCCCGUGUCCCAGAAGAUGACGCGCAAGCUGAGGUCCAGCUUGUCGGUGAACAGCGAUAGCAGCAGCUCGCAGAAACCGCCACUACCCGAGGACUGCUGCGUGCACUGCAUCCUGGCCUGCCUCUUCUGCGAGUUCCUGGCGCUGUGCAACAUGGUGGCCACGCAGGCGUCGUGCGGCGUGUGCACGCCCGAGGUCUGCUGCUGUUGCUGCGGCGACGAGGCGGGCGACGACUGCAACUGCCCCUGCGACAUGGACUGCGGCAUCAUGGACGCGUGCUGCGAGUCCUCGGACUGCCUGGAGAUCUGCAUGGAGUGCUGCGGCAUCUGCUUCCCCACAUAGGAAGCGCUGGGCGCACGGUGGGGAGGAAGUGGACGAGGGGGAGGAGGAAGAGGAGGAGGGGUCGACUUCCUGUCGUCCUCUGACCCGUCCCUCACACUUCCUGUCACGGUUUUUAGUUUGGGGGGAUUCCAACCUGAGGGUGGAUGAAUAGGGCGUGUGUGUGUGUGUGUGUGUGUGUGUGUGUGUGUGUGUGUGUGUGUGUGUGUGUGUGUGUGUGUGUGUGUGUGUGUGUGUGUGUGUGUGUGUGUGUGUGUGUGUGUGUGUGUGUGUGUGUGUGUGAAAACUGUUUGUGGUGCUAUGAGUGUAUCAAGUUAUGUGUGUGUGUUGAGUUCCUGUGUGUGUGAGUUUGUGUUGUUGGAGUCAUGGUUUGUGUGUGUGUGUGUAUGUGCGUGUCUAAUCCUGUCUGAUACCCUCUUCCCCACAGCAGUCUAAACAGGGGCCAAUAAACUCUCAUUGACGCAAACCACAGGGUAUAAAAAAAUGCAACAUUGUGGAAGCUGUUCAUCUGUAGCUGUUGAUAAGCUUUUUGAAUCAUUAUCAUAGGUGAUAAUUUAGUAGAGUGUGAGGUCUUUACAGUUGUGUUCCAUUUCUGCAACGCCUUUACUCCUUCGAUUUCCAAUAACUCAACUACUGUAGCUUGUUAGAAUUGCGUACAUGAGUACAACUCUGGAACUGGAUCGGUGGGAAACAGGAAAAACCAAAAUAUCAAAAACUCUACGUGUUUCUUUUUAUUUACCUGGAACAUAUGCUUCAUAAGUUUCCACGUGUUAGAUUGUGCUUGUGGACCAUUAAUGUAGUUAUUUUUAUAUAUUUCAUAGGUUCUUGAAUUCUAAUUUCGUAUAUUUUGACUGGCUACAAACUGCACAGAAUGGCUGUUGACUAAGUAUUAGAAAUACCAAAUGAUGUAUCAUACCAAAGACUCUUCAUCUCUAUCUAAAUCAUUUUAUUAUGUUUGAAUUGGAAUUGGAGUCUUGCCUUGACUGGAUUUACUGGUGUUAGAAUUGGGUAGUAUUGGAUUUACUGGAACUAUCGUAAAAAUACAUUCCAUCAUAUUUAACGGGUUUGACUAGUUCUCUAAAGAGUAUAAAACGUUUGGGGAUAAAGUGUAAUUGGCAAUUCCCUAUUUUUAACCUUUUAAAAUGACAGGGGUUUGUCAGUUACACAUUGCACAGUGUUACCCUUUGGUAUUUUUUUCACAAACAAUGCACAGUGGCUGUUGUUAAUACUUGACAUGUUUUAAACUGCACUCUGAAAAGAAAAUGGCCUCCCUGAGAAAUUAAAAAACAAUAAUCUCCCGGCAGUGGGUUGUCCAUAAAAAGCCUUCAGGUUUCAACGCCUGUUGAUUAACAAUACAAAUCACAGAACUGUCAGGACGCCAAAAAACGGUGUUAAGUUAAAUCAGGGUAAAAGUGACUAGUACAACUUUUAUUUUUUUUCUUACAUUUCAUUACGGGAAGAACCCUAUUCUGUGUGUAUAUUUUUUUGCAUGUUGUGAAUUGCCGUAAGGCUUCGUCACCGCCUGAUUUGGGGGGGGGGGGGGGAAGAAUGCACUCGACUUUGAUGUCGUUUAAGUGAUGCUACUUAAUUCUGGCCCAUCAUUAGCCGUCGCCUUGUGAAUGGCAACGAGAAAAGAAAAAGAAAAACAUAAAAAAAAUGGUCCCUUCUUUCUAAGCCAUCAAAGAUAUUAUGCUGUCAAGUCCACGUCUGUUGUUGUAUUGUUCAGAGGCCUCUCUGUGCUAGAUAAUAAGUAAGAAAAAAAAUCAUCUUCAUUAAUGUUUCUUUUUAGCCGUACUUUUCGUGGUUUAUAUUUAGAUAAUGUGAAGGAUUUAUUUGCCACCGAGUAUAAGUAGACAACUAGACAUCCAUGUAACUCAUUCACUUCCCAUACUGUAUUGUUUUACUGGGUUCUAUAGAUCCUGUCAGCUGUACUUGAUCCAAUCGGCUCAUUCGUACCUCUCUCUCUUGUCUCUUGAUUGGUCCGCCGUCGUCCAACAUCCUGUAACUGGACUUCAAUUGGUUGUUGUCGUUAUCUGCAUUCUUGUGUCACAAAUAAAACAAUGCUGAAAAAACAAAA